AUGGUAUGGAUAUUUCAGAAUGAGAGUUUGCAACAUAAUUCCAAGCCUGCCAAAGGCAUUGUGAUCAUUUGUAGAUCAGCUAGGAUAAAUCAAAUCAUACUUAAUCAACUGUUAAGUCUUAAAUUGUCUGGUAAACAAGCUGAUAAAAUUAAUGCUUCUUGCACACAAAUUGCUGGCACUAGUGGUGAAGAUCUAAUUGAAGACUGUUACCUACCUAUGUGGCCUAAUCCGCUUUUUUGGCCACAUGUGAACUAUCAGGAUAACGACAUGGCCAAUUUUCAUCAUCAGGCUACAUGCAAACUAUUGGACACACUUGAGUGUGGCUCAUUCCAAAUUUUUGGCCACAUAGAUGGGAUAGUCUGGGAUUUCGAAUGUGGCCCAUUUUUAUUUUUGGCCAAGUUGAUUAGGCAGUAA